AUGGAGUGUGGAAACGCAACAUCAGGGCUUGAAAACUUUGAACUUUUAGGAUUCAUGUACCCCAAAGACCUUAAGUUCCUGUUGCUCUUCUUCUUCCUCCUCAUGUACACACUGUCUCUUUCUGGAAACAGCUUGAUCCUCUUAGUCGUAGCACUUGAAUCCCGUUUGCACAAACCAAUGUACUGGUUCCUCUGCCACCUGUCUAUCAUGGACAUGAUGGUCUCCUCUGUGGUGGUGCCCAAACUGAUCCAAUGGCUGGUAAAGGGCAAUGGGAUUAUCUCCUACGCAGGCUGUGUAUCCCAGCUCUUCUUAUUCCACUUCCUGGGCUGUACGGAAUGCUUCCUGUACACCGUGAUGGCCUUUGACCGCUUUGUGGCCAUUUGCAAACCGCUGCACUACGGCACUCUCAUGAACCACCGCGUUUGCUUUUGUCUCGCCAUUGGCACCUGGCUUGGAGGCUCCCUGCACUCUGUGAUACAGACCUCCCUCACUUUUCGCCUGCCGUAUGGCCGAGGGAUCCUGGUGACCUACAUCUUCUGUGACAUCCCAGCGAUGCUGAAGCUGGCCUGUGCAGACACAUCCCUCAAUGAGAUGGUGACGUUGGUGGACAUUGGGUUCGUAGCCAUGACCUGCUUCCUCUUGAUUCUGACAUCCUAUGUAUAUAUCGUGUCUGCCAUCCUGAGGAUUCCCAGUUCGAAAGGGAGACACCGUACCUUCUCCACUUGUACAGCCCACAUCACCUUGGUGGUGAUCUAUUAUGUUCCUGUGGUUUAUAACUACCUGCGGCCAGCAUCUCAGGGCUCCCUUGAUGGAGUGGUAGCCAUGUUCUACACUGCAGUGACUCCUUUCUUAAACCCUCUCAUAUACACGCUGAGGAACAAAGAGAUGAAAGACGGCCUGUGGAAACUCUGCCGUAGGAAGCCACAGUUCUGCCCUCCCUACUGA